UAUAUCUACGAAUAAAUAUUGGAAUGGAAACUGUCAAGCAUGAGUUCGAAAUAUGUUCAUCAAUCAAGAAGCUUUCGACAUGGAAGUGUGCAAGCAGUAGUGAGCAAAGAGUUAACAAUGGUUCCAUGCCGGAGCGCCAAAGGAUCGAAAAGGAAAGAGAAUCGUAUCGGUACAAUUUGGAGGCCAGGUCAAAUGGGAAAAAACCAUUGCAGGAUUCAAGGACUUGGGUUGCUGAAAAGGCAGUGACGAAACCGCUGCUUCUUGGUUGUUCAACAAGUAAAGCUGUAGUGUGCAACAGUGAAGUUGAAGAACUAAAUGAGCGGUUGAGGAUUCUUGAAGAAGAAACUGAAACCAUGAAGCAAGAGUUAUUUGAGAGUGCACAAGAGAGAAAGAAGUUGAUGAAUGAGAUAUAUCAGCAGUUUCAGAUGCUAGAAAUGGACCCCAGAUAUCUGGUAGCAAGAGAAUUCAAGUCUACUGAUGGAAAUACAAGUGUCAACUCUUCACAGGAUGGGAGAAUGGGAACUAGUUUGUCAGAUAUCUUGCACCAAGAUCCACAUCCAUCUCUUGUCACCAGAAAUCUUAGAGCUAAUGCUUUGGCACUGCUGAUGUAAUGGAUAUACUAUUUAGAUAGAUGAAUCCAUCUCCAUCAAAAUGUAAUCUCAGAUAGUAUAUGUAGCCAACCAUGUUCUGUUCUUUUCUUUGCUCAGAAUAUCACUGUGAUAUCAUAUUACUUGAUAUUUACCAUCCUUUAUGGACAUGA